AUGAAUAGCCAACUGUAUGGACGGAAUCCCGCAUUCCAACCCAAAUGGGCUUCAGAAGAUGUCCAGGCGACAUUCUUCAAAUGUGUUAGGUGGCAGGUGGAGGACACAAUGGAUCCAAUCAACUGUCCUUACCAUUACUACUGCGACAGCACUUACCCGGGGAAUCAUCCACCUUAUGUGGAUGUUCUAGUUUUUCUAUUUACAACAGCUUUGUACCUGGUAACACUGGUCAUUAUGGUAGUAGAUUUGUCCAGACGAGGUCGAACAUACCUCAGCAGAUCAAAGAGAUACUUGCAACCAUCUGGUCCGGUUUCUCUCCCGAUAAUCCUCUUGGCACUUGCCAAAGGUUACAGGAUCAAUACCGUAUUCCCUCUCUCCUGCAUUGGUCCUGCAAUUUUUCAACUGCUUCAGGUAUCUGCCCUCACAUUCGAUAGCGGCAUUGAUAAAGAUAUCAGGUAUGCAUUCUUCGAGGCGUCAACCAUUUCUGGAAUUCUACAUGCAAGCCUGUACUUGGAUUCCAUUAUCUUGCCCUACUAUACAGGUUUUGAUGCUCUAGUUUCGUCUAUAUUUUCUGGCGAGUGCCCAUCUUGUGUCUGUCGAAGAGAGGCUUUGGUUGUGGGUGGAAGGUUGAUUAGGUACAGGGGUUGGUCAUUAACUACAUUUUUUGUUGUAGGAGCUCUGUGUUCAAGAAUAUUAUGCAGGCUGACUCGAGAGAACAAGAGCAAGAUCAUGUCAAUCAAGUCAAUGUUGGAAAGUUUUGGUUGGAUCUUGAUCACCACGGACUGCAUUUAUCUAAUAAGGAAAAGUCCAGAACAGUCUCUGAUGCGAAUUGCUGCUUUUGGAGGUGUGCUCGUGUUAAUUUGCCUUCAAAUGAUAAAGAAAUUGUCUGCUCAGAUUAUUCAAUGGCAUUCCCCACAUGUAAAGUUGGACAGAUAG